AUGUCUAGUUUAACAUAUGAAGAGAGAGCAGCCAAACAUCCAAGUCCAGUUGCCAAAAGGUUGUUAGAAAUCAUGGCUAUAAAGAAGACCAAUCUGUGUGCAUCCUUAGAUGUCCGUACCACUUCAGAACUAUUAUCUAUUGUAGAACAAGUUGGUCCAGAUAUUUGUCUUUUGAAGACACAUGUGGAUAUCUUAGAUGAUUUCAGUAUGGAAGGCACAAUUAAGCCAUUGAAGCAAUUAGCUGAUAAGUAUAAUUUCUUGAUUUUUGAAGAUAGAAAGUUUGCUGAUAUUGGUAACACAGUGAAAUUACAAUAUUCUUCAGGUGUCUACAAAAUUGUUCAAUGGGCCGAUAUUACCAAUGCACACGGUGUCACAGGUGAAGGUAUUGUUAAAGGUUUGAAGGAGGCGGCAAAGGAAAACACAGAUGAACCUCGUGGUUUAUUGAUGCUUGCUGAACUAUCUUCGAAGGGAUCUUUAGCACAUGGGGAAUAUACAAAAGGCACUGUGGAGAUUGCCAAGAGUGAGAAAGAAUUUGUUUUUGGAUUUAUUGCACAAAGAGAUAUGGGUGGUAGAGAGGAAGGUUUUGAUUGGUUAAUUAUGACACCGGGUGUUGGUUUGGAUGACACUGGCGAUGCUUUAGGACAACAGUAUAGAACAGUGGACGAUGUUGUGUCCACUGGUUCGGAUAUUAUUAUUGUCGGUAGAGGUUUAUUUGGUAAGGGUAGAAAUCCAACAGUUGAAAGCCAACGUUAUAGAAAGGCAGGAUGGAAAGCAUACUUGAAGAGAUGUGAUAAGAAUUAG